AUGGCAAAAAGGGCCAAGGGCAAUCCGAUCAUAACCCGCUACCCCCCUCCGCCUGGAUACAAGGGACCCAAUCAACCCGGCGCACCCUAUAGCGCGCCUUCUUCAUGGCAUCCACCUCCGAGCAACCUUCCUCGCAAUGCGCGACGUCACAAUUCGGCGCCUUUCCCGUCUACUCGGCAACAUCCUCUCGAUGGAAAUGGUGAUCCGCUACCGCCGGAGGACUCCAACGCAGAUUCUGGCAACGCGCUUGAGGCUGCUUUUGAUGAAGAAUGCUAUUUUGGAAGGUAUCCCGACGAGAUCAAUCCAGAUCUCAGCCUGGGCUCUAUCACAUGGAAGGCGCCGCUGCCUGCGAGAAGAGCGCUCCCUGGUACCUUCCAAGAGGCGGAGCUUGAGGCUCUCGCACCGAGAAUAGACGUACCCAGCCUAGACGACUCGGUCUCUGACUACUUUUCGAAGCUGAAUGGAGACGAAGCACUACUGAGCAUACGGCAGACGGAGCAUUGGGCUGAGAUGAGGAACGACCUUAUAUUUCGGGAAUUUCCUCAAAUGUGUGCAAGUCUGAUGAGGCAGGAUGAUGGGGGUGUUCUCGACGAUCUUGAGGCUGCGCUGCAAAACAGCAAUAGAGUAAGCAUGCCGCCAGAGCAAAGGCGACCACCCCCGAUUCGGGAUCAAGGACAAGAAGACAUUUUAGCUGCGUUAGGCGUUACUGGCUCGCCGAAGCUGGUAUACGAAACUCCUGGUCCAGCCUUCGGCCCGCGCCCAACCAGUGCUGCCGGGAGUGAGAAAAGCGCCCACAGCAGAAGCAACUCCAUGACUAGUGUACAUGGGACCAACGGAAUGAAUGGAAACGCUCUCGACUUCAUUCCGGAGGUCGUCAUCAACGAAGACAUGGAGCCGGAUGACAUGGCCACGCCACGACCCAAGAAACCGUACGCGGGAGAUACUAACAGGAAGCGCAGCUAUGCCGAUACUGGUCCCGGAGCUCACGAAGAAUUUGAUGAUGAAGAGACGCCUCGACAGAAGGGCAAGCAUGCGCGGAUGCUAUAG